CAGCGCCGCCCGUCGCCGCGGGCCGGGCCGGGCCGGUGCCGCCGCCAUCGCCGCCAUGGCCUGCGGCGCCUCGCUCGCCGAGUGCCUGCGCGAGUGGGAGGAGCUGCAGGACGGCUACCAGCGCAUCCAGGACAACCACAGGCUGUACAAGCAGAAACUCGAGGAGCUGACCAAGCUGCAGGAUGGGAUCUCCAGCUCCAUCGCCCGGCAGAAGAAGCGGCUGAAGGAGCUGUCGCUCUCCCUCAAAAAAUGCAAAGGCCAGGCGACUCCCGAGCAGGAAGCAUCCAUCCAAGAGACCCAGAGCCUGAUUAAAGAGAGGCAGAACGUGUUCUUUGAGAUGGAGGCCUAUCUGCCAAAGAAGAACGGGUUGUACCUGAGUCUGGUGCUCGGCAAUGUGAACGUGACACUGCUCAGCAAACAGGCCAAGUUUGCGUAUAAAGAUGAGUACGAGAAGUUCAAGCUCUACCUCACCAUCAUCCUACUCAUUGUCUCCUUCUCCUGUCGGUUCCUCCUCAACUCCAGGGUGACAGACGCCGUCUUCAACUUCCUCCUGGUGUGGUACUACUGCACCCUCACCAUCCGCGAGAGCAUCCUGAUCAACAACGGCUCCAAGAUCAAAGGCUGGUGGGUUUUCCAUCACUACAUCUCCACCUUCCUCUCAGGUGUCAUGCUGACGUGGCCAGAUGGGCUCAUGUACCAGAUGUUCAGGAACCAGUUUCUCUCCUUCUCCAUGUACCAGAGCUUUGUGCAGUUCCUGCAGUAUUACUACCAGAGUGGGUGCUUGUACCGGCUGCGAGCGCUGGGAGAGAGGCACAACAUGGACCUGACUGUGGAGGGCUUCCAGUCCUGGAUGUGGAGAGGCCUCACGUUCCUGCUUCCCUUCCUCUUCUUUGGGCAGUUCUGGCAGCUCUACAACGCCAUCACCCUGUUCCGCAUGCUGCAGCACCCCGAGUGCAAGGAGUGGCAGGUCCUCAUGUGCGGUCUCCCCUUCUCCAUCCUCUUCCUGGGCAACUUCUUCACCACCCUCCGUGUCGUCCACCAGAAGAUUCAGAACAAGAACCAGGACACGAAGGAGAACUGAAGUGGGGCACUGUGGGGGCCUGGACUGUUUCUGCCCACUGGCUCCAUCCCCUAUCCCCUUCUCCUCAGUUCCGUCCGGACUCUGGCGUCUCGUCCCAUUCCUUGGAGGCCUGGGUGUGGGACAGAGCUUGGGGCCUGCUCCUGGACAGUCCCUGUGCUCAGGAGUCACUCACCUGGAGGCAGGAGCACCCUGCACCUCCUGCCCUGGCUGCCUUCCACAUCCAAGCAGCAGGAUGCUUGGGCCAGCCGCUCCCCCCCUUUCACUGGGAUGUUCCCUGGCUGCUGGUGCUCCUCACUGGGACAGGGCAGCAUCCAGGGACUGCCUCCCGCAGCUCCUGGGGUGCUGGAGGCUCCCCUUUUCCCCCAGCCCUGCAGCCAGGGCAGCCCCUGUGUGCUGAGGGCAGAGGCCCUCCAAGGGCAGCUGGGGCUGUGCACAGCCCUGAUUCCAGGGCUGCCCCAGCUCCUCCCUCGCCUUCAAUCCACAGGGAAGGGGUGGCUGGGGCACGGGAGGGGUGGGAGCAGCAGGAGCUGGGGCUGUGCAGGCUGCAGCCUGGGCUGGCAGCUCCUGAGGCUGCAGAUGUGAAAAUAAAGGGAAGGAGCUGCCCCGGGUCACCGGGACAGUCUGGGAACUGCUCCCACA